AUGAGCACGUCCGUUCCGCCACCGCAACGUAACCGUAGUGCAAGUCUUUUCGAAGGUAGCCAAUUCGCUCCCUCCGUCCACUCGUCCACACUGUCCAAAAUGCUCAAAUCCGAACCGAUACCGUGUCUGAGGUGUGGAAAUGUCGGGUCUCCAACUGGGUAUGUUUAAAGAAUUGAAAAAAUCCUUGGUGUUGGGCUUUUACGGCUUCAAAAAUUGUUAAUUUUUGAAUGACUUGAUCUAAACUUUAAAAACUAGGGUCUAGGCAAUCUUGAGUAGCAAUUUUUAAAGGAAAGUGUCUUAUCAACACUUCCUAGUGACAACGAAGAAAGAAAAACCGGUAUUUCCCCAAAUGUUUCAAAAAAAAAGUCGCACGUGACCCCAACGUGAUCGUUGAUGAGAAACAAGGUCACCACGUGGUCACAAUUAUUCACGUUUUUCCACUCAAUUUACUAUUUUCAGAUCCGUCCCAAUGUCCCUGCACAAGGUCUCGUCAAUCAAUCGAUCGGCAGGAACGAACCCCGCCAGUCGAGGAGGCGAAUCCUCUUUGGAACUCGAGGCGAUUGGUUAGUUUUUCGUUCACUCAUAAAACGAUUGUAUAGUUUUCACAUGUUCUACAGAAAUUCGCGUAAUUUCAAGCGUGGGCGCGAGUCAGUAGCAUUUUUUUGAGCCGAGUUAUGCUUUUUCAAAGUUGACAGAUCAAGUUUUGGGCGCUGCUCUCGUGAAUUAAGGGCUGCUUAGACUACAAACCACACGUUUUGAAACUGUUAGCAAGAAUAGCGAACAUUGCAUUUUUACACCCUUAUUUCGGUUUCUGUGCCUUCUAAAAGGUCAAAAAGCUUCUGCACUCUAUCUUCUGACCACUGAAACACACCCCAUUACACCACUCGGGUACACUAGAGUGAUGCAAAAGUUUGACAAUUUCGCAAUACUUUUUCGAGGGACACGGAAGUGGAAAAGCGCAAAACAAGGCAUAAAAAAGACGAAGCAACACAUUUAAAAUGCAAACCGACAAUAUUUAUUUCUUUCCAGCCGCCGUCCACGAGCUCUCGUUCGCCGUCCAAUCCAUCAGCGUGUCGGAGAUGUUGCCACGUACCCCUGACCUCAUUUUCGUGAACGUGACGACCUUGGAAGCCCAGCCGUACUGUCUGGAACUGACCCUCAAAGGAUGGAGAAUCACCUCGCUCCGCUCCGAUUGUAUGGUUGGAGAUUUUACCCGACUCGAGUUGUUCACCAAGUACUAUGACAGUUUGUACAUGUUGAUGGAUGACAUCUCCCCCGGAUACAGAGAGCGAUUCAGCGAGAAAUUGGUGCAGAGACUCAAGCUUAUUGAGGUGAGCAUUUGGAACUAUUUUUGAAACGUUUUGUAUUUCUUACAGGCCGGAGAAGAGGACCAAGUGGCUCCGUGCGGAUCCCUCCAAUCGCCGCCAAUGUCGGUCACCUCGAAAUCAUCGGAUUCCCACUACUCUUCGACGGACUCGCUUCCGAUUGUGACCCCAGUCAGCACUCCGGCCGUCGAUCCGGAAUUCAAACCGAAUUUCCAGUAA